AUGGCGAUGAUGCAGUUUACUAUCGUAUUCCUCCUAGCUCUUUCUUGUAUGCUUCCUCCAUCAGUCGAAGCCAUGGUUCGCCACUACAAAUUCAACGUGGUGAUGAAGAAUGCCACGAGAAUGUGUUCAACCAAACCUAUUGUAACUGUAAAUGGGAAAUUUCCCGGCCCCACAAUCUACGCUAGAGAAGACGACACUGUUCUUGUAAAGGUAGUUAAUCAUGUCAAAUACAAUGUUAGCAUCCAUUGGCAUGGAAUCAGACAGUUGAGAACGGGUUGGGCUGAUGGACCGGCUUACAUAACCCAAUGCCCGAUUCAACCGGGCCAAGUGUAUAUGUACAAUUUUACCCUCACAGGACAAAGAGGAACACUUUGGUGGCAUGCACAUAUUCUCUGGCUUAGAGCCACUGUACAUGGUGCUAUUGUAAUUUUACCUAAGCUUGGAGUACCUUACCCUUUUCCUAGACCUCACAUGGAACAAGUUAUAAUAUUGAGUGAAUGGUGGAAAUCAGAUACUGAGGCUAUAAUAAACGAAGCUUUGAAAUCUGGAUUGGCUCCUAAUGUCUCUGAUGCUCACACAAUCAAUGGUCAUCCAGGACCUGUUCAACAUUGUGCUUCACAAGAAGGAUUCAAACUCGGAGUUGAACCCGGACAAACCUAUUUACUAAGAAUAGUAAAUGCAGCACUAAAUGAAGAUCUAUUCUUCAAAAUUGCUGGACACAAACUAACAGUUGUUGAGGUUGAUGCUGCAUACACAAAACCAUUCAAAACAGACACAAUAGUAAUAACACCAGGACAAACAACAAAUGUACUUCUCAAAACAAACCAUGUCUCAGGCAAAUACAUGGUAGCAGCUUCAACUUUCAUGGAUGCACCAAUUACCAUCGACAACGUAACCGCCACAGCCACAUUAAAUUACCCAAACACCCUCGGUUCAACCAUCACAAAACUCACUUCACUCCCUCAAAGAAACUCAACAACAAUAGCUGAAAACUUCCUUGACUCACUAAAAAGCCUGAACUCCCCAAAAUACCCUGCUAGAGUCCCUACAAAAAUCGAUCAUUCAUUGUUUUUCACUGUUAGUCUUGGUGUUAACCCUUGUGCUACAUGUGUCAAUGGUAGUAGAGUUGUUGCAGCUAUAAACAAUGUUACAUUUGUUAUGCCGAAAAUUUCUCUUCUUCAAGCUCAUUUUUUUAACAUGAGUGGUGUUUUUAGUGAUGAUUUUCCUGAGAAACCGGAAAUCGUGUAUGAUUUUACUGGGAAAAAACAGCCAACGAAUCUUAGUACUAAUAAAGGGACUCGGGUUUAUAGACUUGCUUAUAACUCAACUGUUGAGUUGGUUUUGCAAGAUACUGGAAUGAUAACUCCUGAGAAUCAUCCUAUUCAUCUGCAUGGAUUCAAUUUCUUUGUUGUUGGUAGAGGACAAGGGAAUUUUAAGGCUAAAAAGGAUGCUAAAAAGUUUAAUUUGGUUGAUCCUGUUGAGAGAAAUACAGUUGGUGUUCCGGCUGGUGGAUGGACUGCUAUCAGAUUCAGGGCUGAUAAUCCAGGUGUAUGGUUUAUGCAUUGCCAUUUAGAAAUUCACACAACAUGGGGAUUGAAGAUGGCAUUUGUUGUUGACAAUGGUAAAGGACCAAAUGAAUCUUUACUACCACCUCCAAGUGACUUUCCCAAGUGUUGA